GGGCGGCCCCGCAAGGAGCCCCGUCGUUGGAGUUUAAAGGCAAGUUCAGAACAGAUGGCAACAGAUCCGCCUUAAAGUGAAGUCCCUCCAAGGCACCCCAGCCUCGGGCAGCGUGAGUCUCUCACGCGUGCCUGCGAUGAUCUUUAUACCGAGCUUGCACGAUGGAACUAAAAGGCGCCGAUAGAUCUCCGGCGGUUUUUCGGUAGGAGAUUCCAUGCUCGGAUCCCUGGCAGAAGAAUGGACUGCUGGAGGAUUUUAACUCCAACAUCUGUCUUGAUUCUGGCUUCCGUUUUGAAUUCCCUUGUCAUUGCAAGUUUCUUGGAGACAAAUCUGUGCAAAUGGUGUGACUAUACUAACCCAAUCUGCGAGGACAAAGUGUGUUACAGCAAUUGUACGUUGAACUCCUACUGUGUGAGCUCGGAGGAAAUAUGUGUGGCCAUAUGGAGGAAGAACAAUGAAUCCACGAGUGUGCAAACAAUGUGUCACUAUCCACACUUACCAGUGGAGGACAUAAUAAUCACAACUUACAAUACAACAGUUUGUAUCAUGACUGAGCAGCCUGUUGGGAAGGGGAUGGUGUAUGUGUGUGGUUGUACCAAUGAACAGGAGUGUAAUGAUAAACUUAUUUUUGAAGCUGAACUAAACGACUAUCCCAUACCACAAAACAAUGAAGUCAUUCCAGUCGCCAUAUUGAGCCUCCUUCCGCCCAUCCUUAUUGCCUUCAUGAUAACAAUGGCAUUCUACCUGUUUCGUACUCGACAACAAAGAAAAGUGACCCAAGAGUGGCCAGAGGUAGAGCACCGAAACCAAACUAGGACCGUCGACGGAAAAUCAGGCGAGUAUGAGGGAAAAUGCUCCGUGGAGACUGAUGAUGGUCAUUCUGACAUCAGUGCGACGUGUGCCAACAAUAUCAACCAUAAUACUGAACUGUUGCCCAUUGAACUGGAUAGCAUGGUUGGGAAAGGAAGAUUUGCAGAAGUGUGGAGAGCAAAACUCAAGCAUAGCACUUCAGGACAAUAUGAGACUGUGGCAGUGAAAAUCUUCCCAUGUGAAGAAUACGCAUCAUGGAGGACUGAGAAAAAGAUUUUUUCAGAUGUUGACCUCAAACAUGAGAGUGUGCUGCAGUUUCUUACAGCUGAAGAGAGGGGAAGAGGAAUUGAAAAGCAAUACUGGCUAAUUACAGCCUAUCACAGCUUGGGAAACCUGCAAGACUUCCUGACCAAUCACAUUCUGACUUGGCCAGAGAUGUACGUGAUGACAGGAUCCCUGGUGAAUGGGGUUGCUCACCUCCAUAGCGAUUAUACUGCCUGUGGAACCCCGAAGAUUCCCAUUUCUCACAGAGACAUAAAGAGCACGAAUGUACUAGUUAGCAACAAGAAGGAAUGCAUUCUGUGUGACUUUGGGCUGGCGCUGAGGCUUGACCCAUCUCUAACUGCUGAUGACUUUGCUAAUAGUGGCCAGGUUGGCACAGCCAGGUACAUGGCACCUGAAGUUUUGGAAUCUCGUGUUAACCUGGAAGAUCUUGAAUCAUUUAAGCAGAUGGAUAUGUACUCCAUGGCCUUGGUAUUGUGGGAGAUGGCAUCUCGGUGUGAGGCCAUUGGAGAGGUGAAAAGCUACGAAUCACCGUUUAGCUCAAAGGUUCGUGAACAUCCCUGUGUUGAAAGUAUGAGAGACAUUGUACUGCGGGACAGGGGCCGUCCUGAAAUCCCCAGCAACUGGCUGGUGCAUAAAGGUAUGCACUUCCUUUGUGACACUAUUGUUGAGUGUUGGGACCACGAUCCAGAGGCACGUUUAACAGCCCACUGCGUGGCUGAAAGGAUCAAUAUGAUGGCACAAAUGAACUUUGAAGAUGUCCUCAAUAACAAUUCCACCACUGAAGCAAGAAAGGGAGGAAGUUCUGAGCCCUUAAACCUUGGAAGCACUGCUGAACAUAAAAAUAUUCAAGUCGUCACGGAUGUAUGAACAAAUUCAAGCAUGAAUUUUGAUCUCUUUGUGCAUGAAAUGACAUGACUGAGAGGAAAUAUUAAAAAAGCAUGUCAAAUGAAGAAAAUCCCCUGAAGAUAAUGUAUUAUUAAUAAUGAUUUAAUCUGAUGAGAUAUGGGACUCCAGGUUAGUGCACACUUAAUCAUAUUGAAAGUCUGGCUUGUGCACUCAAUUGCAGUGUACAGUGCUGGCGUGCUUCCUGUUAUAAUAAUUUUAAGUGCAUUCUUCCUGUCCAAAUUGUGAAAACAAAUCUUGACAGAAUAUAAUUACCAGAGAUGAUGUACUUUGAAGUCCAGAAUAUUAAUCACAUUAUAUAUACAACUCAUUCUCUGUAAGGCAUUUAAUUACACUCCAAAUAAAUCUAAAUUUAUGCUAAGCAACAAUGAUUAGAUGAAAUGAGGCAAAAUCAUCAUAAAAGGUUCUAUUAGAGGUAAUAAAUAUUUAUUAGAUGUCAUUUCCACAUGUAAAUGUGCUGGUAAAUUGGUUGCACUUUUGUUGGAAGUCAAUCGUUCAUGAUGGAUUCAGAUCUACAAUAUACAAGCAGUAGACUAGCAUGUUGAAUUUAAUUUUUGGAUAUGGUAAAGAAAUUAUGAAAUAAUAAUGGUAGAGAAAUCGUCCAGAAACCUCCCACAGAGCAGAAGGGCAGAAGCCCUUUUGCUCUUUAUUUUCAGUACAAGAACAGACCAUGAAACCAGGGCCUUGUGAUCUUUCUGACCCUUUUGGGUUUUAAGCAGGAGGUGUCAGAAAAGUUACCACAGGAAUAACUGGCUUGUGGCAGCCUAACAUUCAUAGGCAUGUCACUUUUUGAUCCUUGGAAAACUGCCAGGGCAAAUUUACUGUCAGUCAACUUGUGCAUUGCAUUGCCAAUCUCAGUUAUAUGGUAUUCACUAACAGUAAGAAUUUACAAAACUGGCUUGUUAAUGAUACUAUAAAAAUGUUGAUAGCAGUGCUCACAAAUAAUUUUUUGUUGCUGAGCUAUGAUCUAAAUAACAGGGGAUAACAAGUAUUUUUUUAGAAGUAUUUCUUCCUCAGAAUUUUUCUGGUGGUUAUGAAAGACCACUUGAAGCUGAACACAAAUAUAUUUUCGGACUAUUUGUAUCAUGUAGGAAUUUGGAGAAACAAGAAAUUAACCUUCAUUGAAUAUAAUGUGUUUAAAUGCAUAAUGGUGCUGAUGCUUUGCAAUGGUUCAGCUAAGUUAAAAAUGGUUUGUUGAUGAUUUUCAUUUGUACUGAAGAUCUGAAGAUUCUCACUUAAGUGUCCAACAAUAAACAGUCAUUAUUGAUGGAUUCCAGUUGCCCUGAUACCAUCUGUCCAUGACCGCAAUGUCCUGGUGAAACCUUUCACCGUGCCCUGUCACUGACAGAGAUAAGUUUUUCAGGGAAGAAAUCUAAAUGGGAAUACAGAAAAUAAAUCUUUAGUGACAUGUUGCACUUCAUGGUUUUGUAUUUUUGAAGCAGCUGCACAUAGUUUGGUGCUCUGUAGUUGGCAUGAAAAAUUUCAAGAACAUCCUUGAAUGCCUUCCAUGCGAUGUUCUCCGGUGCCACUAGAAGUUCUUCAAGUUGCCUGUCAUUGAAGGCCUGUUUGGUUUGUGGACCAACAGAAAUGCCUCCCUUAAUCUUGGCAUCAGUUAUUCUGGGAAACUGAAUUUUUGUCUCAAAUAUCAAAAUCCUUCAUGUAAGUUUAUAGCCUUUCUAAAACCUGCCCUGUUGUGCAGUAUCCACUCUGCCUGAGUGUGCUCAGGAAUGACUGGACAAGAUAGAAAACUUCUCAGCUUACGUUGUGGGCAACAUUUUAAUUGACUUGAAUUAUUUGAAAUAACAAAUAGAGGCAAUAUUUUUUAAAGAAGAUGCAUGUUAGGGAAAUUUCAUGGCAAUUUUCACAAUUAACAGCUCAAAAUCCAUAAGAUACACCUAAAAUUAUUCAGGAAGCAAAAUCUUUGUUGUGUAGUAUAAAUUUCACAUGAUGUAAGCAGAAUAUUAUACAUGUAUAAAUAAAUUUGUUUGUAGAAUACCGUCCCAAACAUUUUAGCAUAGGACAAAAUUUUCUUCCAAUGAUUAAAGUAUUUGUUUUUAAAUGUUAAAAUUCUCUAAAUUUAUAUCAGAUUUAUAUUUGUUUGUUCACGUAUUGAUGGUGCAUUCUAAUCCAGAUCAAGUAAUCAGCACCUACUUUUAACAAUGUAAUGUAUUAAUUUAUUUUUCCGUAUUUCAUCAUUUAGUGUGUGGUUGUAUUUUGUAUGUGUUUUAUGUCUUGCCUCAAGGGACACUCUGUCAGAGUUCUCCCCUCACAUGAACUUCCCUCGGUCACUGCACGGCAGUCGAGAUUGGGAACUGUAACAUACAUAUCCUCGUUCAGAAGCUGGGAGACAAUACAGCUAGUAAUACUGAGUCAAACUCAAAUGAAAAGAAAACACUUUUGAAAACUUCGUUCUCCACAUGAUCAUUCAGCAUACAACUUUAAGGAAAAUAAUACAUUUUGUCAACGGCAAAAUGCCCUCGGUUGCUGGAAUGUGUAUCUGCACGUGCAUUUAUUUUCUUUCUCAGCUGAUGAAAAUUAGGCACAAUUAAUGGUUGCCUCUAAAUAUGUUCCGCAGUAGGACAGUCAAGAAUGUGUAUUCAUGGUUUAUGUUAAAAUCUAAAUAUUUCACGUUUUUAAAAUAACUGACAGUUUGAGCUAGAGAGAUCGUAAGUUUACCAUGGAUUCAGAUACAAGGGUUACAAGCCUGAGGGAAACAAAUGGCAAAGCAUUAUCAUGGCUGCUGAAUUUGCUGAUGAUGAAAAGGGACAGUAGAAAAACAUUGAACCCUACAGCACAAUACUGGCCCUUUGGCCCCACAAUGUUGUGCCAACCCUUUAACCCAGGGGUUCCCAACUUAGGGUCCACAGAUCUCUUGUUUAAUGGUAUUGGUCCACGGUAUAAAAAAGGUUGGGGAAAAAGGAUUAAUCCUCCUACAUAGGCCUCCAUUUUCUACCAACCAUGUACCUAUUUAAGAGCUUUUUCAAUGCAUAUGCUUCUACCACUAUCCAUGCACUCACAACUCUGUGCAAAGAACUUACUUCUGACAUCCUCCUAAGCUUUCCUUCAAUCACCUUAAAAUUAUGCCUCCUGCAUUAGCACAAGAGAGUUGUGAAAAGAACACAAGGAGGCAAUAAAGGGUAUGUGUAGGUUAAGUGAGUAGAGAAAGAUUUGCAAAUGGAGUAGAAACUGUCCAUUUCAGCAGAGAAGCAAACACAAAACACAUUAUCGAAAUACUCAGAAAUGCAAGAGUUCUGAGACACAAAGGGAACCUGCUGUUCUAGUACAUAAUUUGCAAAAGACACUUAAGUAAUAAAGGCUAAAAGAGUGUUACUGCUUUGGUUAAUUUUGUUUUACUUAGUGACACACUGUGGAAUAGGCGCUUCCGGCCCUUCAAGCCUCACUGCCUUAGCAACCCCGAUUAACCCUAUCCUAAUUACAGUGACCAAUCAACUUACUAACCUUUACACCUUCGGACUGUGGGAGAAACCGGAUCACCCGGGGAAAACCCACACACUCCGCGGGGAGAAUGUGCAAACUCCUUACAGAGCGGCACUGGAUUUGAACUCCGAAUCCCAGAACACCCGAGCUGUGAUAGUGUUGUGCUAACCAAUGUGUUACCAUGGUUUUUAUUGUCAGGGAAUGUGAAUACAGCAGCAGAAAACUUAUCCUUCCGUUAUUCAGGCAAGUAAUGAUUCCUGAACGUGACAUUGGUUCUCUUAUUUCAGGAAGAAGAUUAAACUUUUCAGAGAUUUACUAGACUAACAGAACUGAAAUAGGUGUAUCAGUCCACUCCAAACAUCAAAACAUCAUUUUUACACCUAUCCUGGGGUUCCCAACCUUUUUCAUGCCAAUGAGCCUUACUAUUAACCAAGGGGUUGGGAACCCCUGCACUAAUUCCACCAUUUUAUUUUCUUCCUAUUGAGAAGUGAGUUGAGUGGAGCAUUUAUAAUCAUAUGGGGGUUUGUUAAAGUGGAUGUGGAGAGGAUGCUUCCUCUUGUGAGAUAGGAGUCAGUGUUUAAAUAUACGGGCUUAUCCAUUUAAGACAGCAGAGAGACAAAACUUAUUUUCUCUCAGAUUUCAGAGUUGCAGAAGGGGAAAGCGAAGUAGGUGCACUAUGGAAUAUUUCUAAGGCAAAAGUUACAAGCAAGGUGCUGAAAAAGUAAUGUGGGAAGACAGAUACAGAGAUGAAGUUACAAUCAGAUUAGCCACCGUCUUAUUAAAUGACAGAGCAGACUUAGGUUGAAUAUGUCUCCUGUACUUGAUUCUUAAGUCCAUAUGACAGAGAUGGAAGAUAAAGGCUUAUGGAUUCAAAGAUCCAAACUACAUGUAGUAUCAAACUAUGUAUGCGACAUACAACCCUGAAGUUCAUCUUCCCCAUGGACAGUCACGACACAGAGAAGAACCUUGGAACCAACCUGUUCAAAGAAAAAUCAUCAACCAUUAAGACCCCUUGCCCCACCCAUGUGCAAAAAAAAUCACGCAGACAGCAACAAAAAAAUGAGCAACAUCACAGAAUAUAAAAACACCAAGUCAAAAGGCAUAUCUCAGUACAGUUCCAAAUUAGAGUCAUAGAAAAGUACAGCACAGAAAAAGGCUCUUUGGCCGUGCUGAACCAUUUAAACUGCCUACUCCCAUCGACCUGCACCAGAACCUUAGCCCUCCGUACCCCCACCAUCCAUGUAUCUAUUCAAACCUUUCUUAAACGUUGAAAUCAAGUUCGCAAUCACCACUUGCGUUGACAGCUCACUCCACACUCUCACGACCCUCUGAGUGAAGUUUCUCCUCAUGUUCCUCUUAAGCUUCUCACCUUUCACCCGUAACCCAUGACCUCUGGUUGUAGUCCCACCCAACCUCAGUGGCAAAAGCCUGCUUGCAUUUACCCUAUCCAUACCCCUCAUAAUUUUGAAUACCUCUAUCAAAUCUGCUCUCAAUUUUUUACAGUCUAAGGAAUAAUGACCUAGCCUAUUCAAUCUUUCCUACAACUCAGGUCCUCCAGUCCUGAGACUUUAGGAGAUUUCAUUUCUAAAGGGUCAGUUGUCUGAAGUAAAGGAGUUACUGAGCUAAAGCAUUUGGUCACUGAUAGGCUGAUGUCAAUUUACCUUCGGGUCCAGUCAGGUAGGCAGCAGAGUCGGAAAAUGGAGUUCACUCCUCACCUUGUGAAAAUUCCACGUGCUCUGGGACUGGUGGGCUUCCUCUCACAAUCCAAGAUGUGGAGACUGAGAGUUUGGUUGGCCACUAUGCAUUGGUGGGUGGUAAAUCUAGGGGAAAUAAUGAGAAUGUAGGAUGAGAAUUUUUUUUUAAAAACUGGGAUUAAUGUAGAAAAAGCAUAAAUGAGUAAUUUGUUGAUUUGUCCGGCUAUUGUGGGCCGGAGGUCCAUUUACCCGUGUAGCUAUGACUACAUUGAUUGGAAAGCGGCAUGAAUAGGCUCAAUUCUGACCUUUGCUCAUUGAAAUGAAUUGGUAAUAAGCACCAGUUAAAUAAAUGCUGAUUUUCUGGAGGCCAAUCAUUUUAAUUCCUAUUCCCAUUCCUGUUCUGACAUGUCGAUCCAUGGCCUCCUCUUGUACCAAGAUGAGGCCACCUUCAGGGUGGAGGAGCAAUACCUUAUAUUCCUUCUGGAAACCCUCCAACCUGAUGGCAUGAAUAUUGAUUUCUCCUUCCGGAAAAGCAAAUCACCACCCCACUCCUUCCUCUAUUCCCGACUCUGACCUUUCACUUCUCACCUGCCUGUUACAUUCCCCUGGGUCUCCUCCUCCUAUUAUCCACUCUCCUCUCCUAUCAGACUCCUUCCUCUCCAGCUCUUGACCUUUCCCACUCACCUGGCUUCACCUGUCAUCUUCCAGCUAGCCUUGUUCCCCUCUCCCACCUUUUUAUUCUAGUGGCUUCCCCUUCCUUUCCAGUCCUGAGGAAGGGUCUCAGCCCAAAAUGUGAACUGUUUAUUCAUUUCCACAGAUGCUGCUUGACCUGCUGCAUUCCUCUAGCGUUUUGUGUGUGUUGCUCUGGAUUUCCAGCAUCUGCAGACUUUGUGUUUCUGAAGUAAUUAGGAGUGGUUGUUGAAAGACUUUGCUAUGAUUUAUUUGCAAAAGGAAAUAAAUUAAAAUACCACUCACUUUAAAGAUAAUAGCUGAUUUUAAAUUUAAUUGUUCAAACUUUUUUUUGAGAAUUGCUAUUUUCUAUCUAAAUAUCUUUCCAAAUCAAAGUUCUUCUUGGUAGGAAUCACCUGCUGAUUUUGUGUUUCUGUACUAAAUGAAGCUUGUGCAAUUAUUUCAGCUCCAAGCUCCAGCUCAGUGAUUCGCAGACGCCCAAAGGCAAAAAAAAGCCUGCAAUGGGAGUAGCUCGACUGCACAUUCCUGAACUGUGCUUCAUACAGACACAAAAUCCUUCAACAGUGAAUUGAACUUGAAGGAAAACAAAAAUUUAAUACGAUGCCUUCUAUGCCUAGCCAAACAUGAGAACACAAUUACAGAUUCUUGUAGUCUUGAGCUUUAAAUAAUGAACCCACAGUACAGCCGCCCCUCAGGGUGAUAGAAAUUGUAUAGGUAAAAGGAAUUUACAGUCCAGUGUAGAGAGUUAAAAGCAUAGCAUGCAGGAGAGUUAAAAGAGGCACCACACCUAUACCACAGAUUCGAUACACCAUCAAAAGGCGAAAUGUAAUUGGGCGUGAUAGAAAUAACCAAGCCCUUGCAAUUUGUGGCUCAUUUUUGGUUCUCUUUAAAGCAAUUUGAAUCUUUUUUUUAAUUACCAAUCUCACAGGUGUUUUUUUACUUAUUUUCAAUUUAAUAAGUACUUUAUUUGUGCAGAACGGGACAGACAAUGUUUAUUCACAAGUUUAUGAUGUUGAUUUGCUAUUGGAAAUACACCAGGAUCUAACGUAUGUAACAUACUGUUCCUAAGGCAAAAAUGUAGUGCCUUGCUGCGAUGGUUUUCCUUUUGAUAUUGUCAUUGAGAUCAGAGGAACAAUUAGCUGGCGCAAAAAUAGUGAAAUUUGUUAUAUCUAGUUUUAUCUGAGAUGUAUCAAUCAGCCUGUUCUUCAUCAUAAAUUCAAUGAUGUGGGACUGCAUUACCAAAAUAAAACACUAUACACUAGUACUAAUAGCAAAUAAGGUGGGGGAUUCAAUAUUAGGCAGUUCAUGGCAUUCAACAAUUAUUUUGUCAAAUUGUAUAAAUAUUGCAUGUUAAGUCCAGAAUGUAGAUAUGUACUCCUCCACAAGAUGGGCAAUAUGUUCAUGCAAUUUCUGUGCAUCCCGAGCUUGAACUGAAAUAAUGUGUCAAAUCUGACUGGUUCCUUGCUCUACAAACAGUUAUCAAUAAAAAAUAAACGUUCCAGUGAUUUUGAAACUGCUGUUUGAGCAUCAUUAACCUACUGUGAUGGGUGAUUCACUGGAAAGUAUCAAGAGUCUUUUUUCAGCCCAUUAAAUCUAUUGGUGUUUUACUGGUUAAUAACACAAUAAAGGAUUCUAGUUCAAUAGCAAACCAUGACAAUCAGGAUUGCAUACCCUGCUAUAUUCUGAAUCCUGAGAUUUAUGAUACUUCUGCUUUAUAUUAUACAAUGAUGUCAUGUAAAAUCAAAGCCAACCGCCUUCUGAAAUGCAUACAGACCAUACCUUAUAAUACUCAUCACAUGAGUUUUAUUUGUUUUGCAAUGAAAAAUUAUUAAUAUUGUUGAUAGUUCUAUGUAUUAUUGGAAAAUUACUAUCGUGUGCAUGUAUAUAUUUAAACUUACAGGGCUGUUUUUAUUACUUGUAUUUUAAUCUAAUAAAUGCA